AUGGCCGAUGUCCUCAGAGGACUCAGCCUCCUCGAGUCCCUCACAGAGUCCAUGGAGAGCGACAGGUUGUCGGAGGUCCGGGAAGCCGUGGAGGAGCUGCUGAUCAGCAGGGUCAACGUGGCGCUGGUGGGCGAGCGAGGGCGCGAGAAAGCGGACCUCCUGAACGCGCUGCGAGGCCUCGGGCCGGAGGACCAGGGGGCGGCGCUGUGCCCGGGCCCUGAGCCUCCAGAGGGCGUGGUCGGCUAUCCGGACCCCAAACACCCGGACUUCCGCCUGUGGGACCUGCCGCCCCCCGCGGCCCCUGAGGGCUACCUGGACCGAGUGAGGUUCUGCCGCUACGGCGCCGUCCUCAUGGUGUUCACGCGGACGCCGCCGCCCGCCAGCGUGCGGGUGUUCCUGGAGGCCCGUUCCGUGCAGAGGACGCCCGUGUUCUUCACCCUGCUGGCCUCGGCUCAGGACGACCCGCGGGCGCUGGAAGCCCGGCGGAGCGGCAGCCUGGCGGCGCUGGCGGCGCGGGGCGUGUCCGCACCGCGGGUCUACGUGCUGGCACCGGCCGCCCUGCACGCGUGGGACUUUCCCGCUCUGCUGGAGGACGUGGCCCGCGAGCUCCCGGCGCUCCGGGCCCAGGCGCUGGUGCUGGCGCUGCCGGUGCUGGGCCCGUGGCUGGUCCCACAGAAGAAGGCGGCGCUCCGGACGCUGGCGCUGGCGGCGGCGUGGCUCUCUGGCGGGGCGGCGGCCGUGCCCGUUCCCCUCGUGGCCUCCGUGGUGGACGCCGGCGUGGCCGCGCGCGUCCUCGCCACGGCCCAGCGGUCCCUGUGCCUGGAUGAGCGGUCGCUGGAGAGCCUGGCCCGGCAGAGCGGCGCCGACGCCUCCGGGCUGAAGGCCCUGCGGACCUGCGCGCUGUCAGUGGAGGUGGGCAGGGGGGAGGUGAGGAGGCGCCUGGCGGCCGCAGACGUGGGCGGCGCCUCCGCCUGCUCCGAGCUGGUGGCGCUGGCGCUGCCCAGACAGGCCCGGUCCGCCGGCCGCUCCUUCGCUGCCAUGCUGCAGGCGCUGAGCGGCGCCAUCGACGACAUGGCGGCCGACGCUGAGCGGAUCACGGCCGCUGCUCACGGGGGGCGGAAGUGA